AUGCGAGAAGUCUUGUCCGUUCGUAAGUCAGCGGGCCAUCCGUCGCGGGUGGUGCGACGUGGAGUUGGGCCCACGACCUGUUGUUUUGCGCGUCGAGGCCCUCACUCAACCCGGGUUGCUGAUGCAUGACUGUUGCAACGUCUCUCAUUGUCACAUGUUGUUGUGUGCCUUUCUGCCAACGAUGAACAGACAUUGGUCAGGCCGGCGCCCAGGUGCGUAGACAUAGUCGUGUGGUCGCUCCUUGACAUCGGGGGUGACGACGGCGCAGAUGGCACAGGCUCAAAGGGCGCGCGCGCUGACCUGACCCUCCGCUCCGCUUGCCCGCUGCGGUCGCUGGCGCUCAUAGAUCGGUAACUCGUGCUGGGAGGUGAGUGGCUCCUAAACGAAGAGCGUGCCCCUCUCUAUGGCACUGACAUGGCACUUUGGUGUAUCGCGUCGCGCAUAGCUGUACACGCUCGAGCACGGCCUCACGCCCGAGGGUCUUCCCCUCGACGCGUCGACCGGUCCUCGUGGAGGUGCCGAUGGCUUCUCGACCUUUUUCUCCGAGACUGGCUCGGUAAGCGGAUUCCUGUGUCCGAUCGUUGACUCGUACCACGCCUUGCCACAUACGCUGACUCGCUCCUUCGAUGCACCACACCCUACCCGAUCCGCUCCGCCUCGCCUUGACGCACUUUGGCGACGAUCUGGGCGCUCGACCUCCCACGCUCCCUAUAACACCCGCAGGGCAAGUACGUCCCCCGAUCGGUCUUUGUUGAUCUUGAGCCAGGAGUCAUCGACGAGAUCAAGACGGGCGAGUACCGUGGCUUGUUCCACCCCGAGACCCUCAUCACCGGCAAGGAGGACGCCGCCAACUGCUACGCUCGCGGUCACUACACCGUAGGCAAGGAGUUGAUUGACACCACGUGCGAGACCAUCCGCAAGCUCGCCGACAACUGCAACGGUCUCCAGGGCUUCUUCGUCUUCCACUCGUUCGGUGGAGGAACGGGCUCCGGCUUCGGUGCCUUGCUCUUGGAGCGCCUCUCGCAGGACUACGGCAAAAAGUCUAAGCUCGAAUUCGCCGUCUACCCCUCGCCCCGCAUGAGCAACUCGGUCGUCGAGCCUUACAACGCCAUCCUCACGACCCACACUACGCUCGAGCACGUCGACUGUUCGUUCCUCAUCGAUAACGAGGCCAUCUACGACAUCUGCCGCAACAAGCUCGGUGUGCAAUCGCCCGGUUUGGUCAACCUCAACCGCAUCAUCGCCCAGGUCGUCUCGUCGAUCACGGCCUCGUUGCGUUUCGCUGGUUCGCUCAACGUCGACUUGAACGAGUUCCAGACCAAUUUGGUCCCCUUCCCCCGCAUUCACUUCCCGAUCGCGUGCUUCUCGCCCAUCAUCUCUGCGUCCAAGGCCUCGCACGAGGCCAACUCGGUCGCCGAGCUGACGAUGAGCUGCUUCGAGCCCAACAACCAGAUGGUCAAGUGCGACCCCCGCACGGGCAAGUACAUGGCCUGCGCCUUGCUCUACCGUGGUGACGUCGUCCCCAAGGACGUCAAUGCCGCUGUUGCGUCGAUCAAGACCAAGCGCACGAUCCAGUUCGUUGACUGGUGCCCGACCGGUUUCAAACUCGGUAUCUGCAACGAGCCCGCGCAAUGCGUCCCCGGCGGUGACCUCGCCAAAGUCUCGCGCUCGUUGUGCAUGCUCUCCAAUACGACCGCGAUCGCCAGCGCCUGGUCCAACUUGGACCACAAGUUCGACUUGCUCUACUCGAAGCGUGCGUUCGUGCACUGGUACGUCGGUGAAGGCAUGGAGGAAGGCGAGUUCUCCGAGGCGCGUGAGGAUCUUGCCGCUCUUGAGAAGGAUUACCAAGAGGUUGGCAUGGACGGUGGUGAUGAGGAGGAGGUCGGUGAGGAGUACUAG